UCGCUGUGAUCAGCUGGAGAUCUGAUCCGGAGCCGACUGACCCCCCUUCAGACCGGUACCGAGACCGGGACCUGGACCGGGCUGCUGCGGGUCCGGGACUCAGACACAGAGGAGAGCUCGGUGCUGUUGCCGAGGGUCAUGUCCAGCAGUCCACCAUGCUGAAGCAUCUGGACAAGAUCCGGUUUCGGGGUCAGAGACGAGACGAGUUCCUGGAUCUGGUCGAUUCACCGAACACGUCUGAUACAGAAUGUAGCGAAGAGACGAAACCUCACGGCUCCAUCAGAGAGGGGGAGGAGCCAGAACCUGAGCCUCAGGUUCCAGCAUCGUUCUCUUCUCUUGAUGAACCCAGAUCAGAUCUAAACGAGGUUAAAGCUCAUCUAGAGAUCGCCUUGUUAGAGAAACACUUCCUGCAGGAGGAGCUGAGGAAGCUGCGUGAGGAGUCCAGCGUUGACUCUCUGAAGCAGGAGCUGGAGAAGGAACGCAGCCGCAGCUCUGAGCUGGAGCAGAAGAUCAGCGAGGUGCUGAGGUCCAGAGCCGAAGAUUCACCGUCUCUGACCGCCAGAGCCCCGCCCCCCCCAUCACCCCCACCUCCCCCGUCCCCCCCACUACCUACAGCCAGAAACACAGACAAACAGAAGGAAACUCUGUCCAACAGUUUGUUUAAGUGGCUUUAUGAGCGUUUCGGCGUUUACGUGGAAGACUUUCGCUUCCAGCCGGAGGAGCAGACGGAGGAGACGGAGGAGCCGCUCAGCGCCAAGAGGUUGACUGAAAACAUGAGACGCUUCAAACGAGGAUUCAAACCUGUGACGAACUUCAUGAGGAACCUGAACGCCUUAUCGACCUGGUACUCUGUAUACACAUCAGCCAUCGCCUUCUUUAUCUACAUGUAUGCAGCGUGGUACGGUUGGACUGUUCCCAUGUUCCUGUUCUUCGCCAUCCUACGCCUCUCUUUGAAUUACCUCAUCGCCAGAGGCUGGAGGAUCCAGUGGAGCAUCGUCCCUGAAGUCUCCGAGCCCGAGGAGCCUCCUAAAGAAGACCUGACCGUGUCUGAGAAGUUCACGCUGGUUCUGGACGUCGCUCAGAAAGCUCAGAACCUUUUUGGGAGGAUGGCGAACAUCCUGGAGAAAAUAAAGAAUCUGUUUAUGUGGGUUAAACCAGAGUUGACUCAGAAGCUGUACGUGGGUCUGUGGUUGGUCUUCAUCUCUUCCUGCCUGCUGCCGUACAAACUGCUGGGAUUCAUCAUCGGUGUGUAUGCAGGUAUAAAGUUCUUCAUCAUAGACUUCAUCUUUAAGAGUUGUCCGAAGCUUCGUCAGCGUUUCGACACUCCGUUCAUCAUCUGGACGAGUUUACCCACCGACCUGCAGCUGAAGGAGCGCAGCAGCACGGCCCUGAGCCGACGGGUCCGGGAUGGGGGGGCCCGAGGCAGUGUUGGUGCUGCAGCUCCUCUGAGUGUGAGCCGUGACGAUGGGGAGGGGGGGCGGUACUACAGCACGAAGAGAGGAGCGUUCCACGAAGUGUUCAACCUGCCGGAGGAGGAGCGCCCGCUGACAGUGUGUGAGAACGGUUGGCGCUGCUGCCUCAUCAACCGGGACAAGAGAACUCCGUCAGACUACAUCCGCAACGGAGUCCUCUACAUCACCGAAAAUUAUUUGUGUUUUGAGAGCUCCAGUUCGAGGUCCGGAUCGUCCAAGAGGAACAAAGUCAUCAAGCUGCUCGAUAUCACGGACAUCCAGAAGUACAAAGUGUUGUCAGUACUUCCUGGUUCUGGGAUGGGUAUCUCCAUAGCAACACCAUCCACCCUGAAGCCGAUGGUGUUUGGAGCCAUGAUGCAUCGGGACGAGGCCUUCGACGCCAUCUGCACCCAGUACACCAAGAUCGUUGCCAUGGCUACGGCCACCGACCCAGAACCAUAGUAACACCGAACCUCUGAUUACCUUCAGCUGAUCCCUGGUAUGACAUCAGGAUCAGCUGAUCCCUGGUAUGACAUCAGGAUCAGCUGAUCCCUGGUAUGACAUCAGGAUCAGCUGUUUCCUGACCUCACUGAGCCGGCUAACUGCUAAACAUACCUACUGAGCAUGUGCAGAGUCAGCCUCAGAAAACCAGUGAAGAAGAAACAGUUUAUUAUAUUUUGGGGUUUUUGGGUUUUUUAUGUGUAAAAAUGUUUAUUGAUCAUUGAAAGUGUAUCAGAGCUGAACUGUAAUCACACUGUGGAGUUAGAUUACUGUUCUAAAAGUAAUCAGAGUACUUUAACACUGGUUGCAGGUGGUGGGAUUAAAAGUAUUUCAUGUAGGAGCUUAAGAGCCGUGUUAGCCGUUGUACUGCACACACAAACAUUACAACUACUAGAGAUGAAGGAGAGAUCAUCACAUGUAGAGCAGGCAGUCGUUGGCCGGCUCAGUGCUGCAACCUUUAAAUACUGAAUCAUGAUUUCUAGUUCUGAUCAUGAAAGCAUCAGAGAAGUUUCUCAGUUUUAUAUUUCGGUGAAUUCUUCGUCGUUAUUGAUUAUUUUCGUUAUUGAUCUCAUAUUGCCAAUAUUGUUUAUUUCCUCAGUUAAUCAUCAGUGAUGUCAUCAAAUGUCUCAAACUGACAGGAAAUAAUGUUUUAAUAAAGUUUUUUAUUUUCUAUUUUUGCUUCAAAAAUAUUUAAUUUCAU